GCAGCACUUAUCUCCACUUUUUCGCGCCGCUGGCGGCUCCCAGGGCCAUAGCCGUGCUCGUUGCAGAGCUAUAGAGAGCCUGUCUGCAGUGCUGCGUCGAACUAGCAGCGGUCUGAAUUCUGCAGCAUGGCUGCUCGCAAUAAUGCAUACUCAAUGGAAAAGCUCGUAAGCGGCGUGCGGCGGGCCAUAAUUACGCUACCACCGGACGAGUCUGGAGCCAUACUUGCCGCUGUGCAAGCAGCGUUAUACAAACUGGUAACACGCGAGGACGUCGAUGCGCAUAUGUCGGCGCGCGACGUCGCCAAGGUGCUGCGCUCCGAGGCGAAGCGGCAUAACAGCGCAAAGGCUGCUGCUGCUUUCGCGGAGGGCGGCGGUGCGGCGGCGGCGGUAGCUGCUGUGGAGAGUUGUACUGCCCGUAUUGCUCGUUUCAACGAAUCUCCGGAACGGAUGAAAGCGACAUCCGACAGCUUUGCAGCUCUCGCGGACCUAGCGGCAGCCGGUGGUGCAGCGCAUGCCGCUGUGGUCGCGGCCGGCGCGGCGGCUUCGGUGACAGACGUACUCUCUACGUUUCACGGGGGAGAUUUCUCGCCAAUCUACACCCAGGCGUGCCGCUUGGCCGGGAACCUGUGCUUCGGCGGCGCCCACGAUUUUGGCGAUGACGCUUACACGUUUGCCAUAGUGGCAAUGAAUGCCAACGACGCAACGGCCUUUCGCUGGGCCGCGCACGCGCUCUGGAACGCGUGCACGCACUCGCCGGAUACGCGCGAUGUGCUCCACAAGACUAUGGCAGUCCAGUCGCUCGUGAAAGGCGCUUUACGCUUUCCGGGCACCCCGCGCGCAUACGGCCUCCGCGCGCUAGCCUACCUCGUGCUCGGGUCAGAGCGGCGGCGCAAGUCAGCGUUGCGAGCCAACGUGGCGCUCGUCCUCUCGGACGCGACGUGCGACGAACCGGCGACAGCGGCCGCGGCAUUGCUGUGCAUAUCGUCAAUCGUCGGGCCCUGCGGCACGGCCCAUCUUGCGCGCUGGCCCGGAGUCGCGGACCGGGCCGACGGCCUCGCCAAUAUUACUGCAAAGCUCGCGGCCGUCGCCUUGGAAGGCGGUGGCGACGCAGCCGCUGUGUCCGCCGGCAUUGUCGCCGUGGCGCGCGGCGCGCGCGACCCGCGGCCGCUCCGAGCCGCCGUGAUGCCGCUGCUGCGAGUUGCGAUCGAAAGCGCGACGCGGCCGCGCGCGCGGAAAGCGCUUGGCGCCGCGCUGCACGCUCUGCAGCCGCGGCGCCACCUCUACAACGUCGGUGCCGAGGCCGAAGCUGCUGGUAGGGCCGUCCCCAAAAAUAUGCAGAUCCUCCGGAAGGAUCUCGCACAGCUACCGUGGGUGCUCGCGCGACCCGGCGACGUCGUCGUCGCGCCGCCGCUCUCCGAAUCACUCGCUGCGCGCCUCGAGGCCGCCGGCGUGGCGCGGGAGACGCUCCCUUCGUUUGGAGAUGCUUCGCUGGGCCAGCUCGCGCUGCCGGACGACGUCUUGCGCACUGUGCUCGGCUAUCUCGUCGACGCGCCGUGGGCGGUCGCCGACGAGCGGCUCCGACGGUCGCGCGUCACGCGCUACCGCGACGGCGACGUCGUCGUGUGCGCGAGUCUGGACGACGUGGCGGCCGCGGCGCGCGCCAACGACGAAGGUACGAUUCUCAAGGCCGAGUACUCGUCGAGCGGCCUGGGCGCGCGCACAGUGGCUCGUGAGCUCACGGAGCAGGAUGUGGCCUGGGCGCGGAAUCGGCUGAAGGCCGACGGCGUAUUGACGGCGGAGCCGCGCUACGAGCUCGAGGCGGAAUUUACUCUCGAGUGGUACGAUGGGUUCUUUUGCGGCGUGUCGCGGCCGAUAGUGUUGCCACCAGGUCGCUGGCAUGGCCAGCAACUCGGCGCCACGGAUGAUCUUGCGACCGACGUUAAGGAGUUCUUACGAGAUAAUGUGAUCGAGAAUGACGUCGCGGCGCUGUGUGACGACGUGCCGGGCACGUGCGGCUCGGCCACGUGUGGCCUCGACGUGGGCCUCGUACGGGGCGACACGAAGGUCCUUGAGUGCAACGCGCGCACGACGAUGUCGCACAUCGCCCUGGCGGCGAAGCGCCGCGUGCCGAACGCGUCGCGCUUCCUCGUACUACCGAAGCGCGACCUCGCGCCGCACCACCUACCCCUGACGGACGGCGAACAUUUCGUCGCUGUUCUCGAGCUCGGCGACGACUCGGGGCCGUUUCCUUUUCUGGAUGAAAAUGACGACGUCGUGAUAAGAUGGUAA